AUGGCUCUGUUCCACGCCAUUUCGGAGGUGGCUUUGUCUGCGAGCCUCGUAAGCUAUAACACUGCCAUCAGCGCAAGUGACAAGUCUGGCCAUUGGCCACUGGCUCAGUGGCUGCUUCGACACUUGCCGACUGGGCUACAGCCAGACUCCAUCAGCUACUUCUGCAACAUGAGGGCCGCGCGUUGGUGGGAUGCGCUGAAGCUUUUUGAGGAGAUGGUGAGAUUGAGGGUGCAGCCAGAUAGCAGCACCUUCAACAAAGCCUUGACGGCAGCGGGCGAAGCGGUGCUGUGGCAAUGCACAAUGAAACUUUUGAAGGAAACUCCAGUGGAGCAGGACGCCAUCAGUAUUGCCGUGGCCACCACUGCCUUCAGUCGCCGCAGUCGAUGGCGUGAGGGGCUACAGCUGUGGAGCUCUGACAGCAACGAAGAGCAGCUGGGAGCCAUGCUGAACGCCUGCGCGGAGGCGGAGCAGUGGCGUUGGGGCCUCGAGGUCUUUGAUUUGGUGCUGUUGCAGGCCUUGGAACCGAAUGCUUUCCACUGUAGUGCAGCUCUGCGAGCCCGUGGCACAUGGCAAGGUGCCUUGGGCUUCUUCCGUGGCAAUUUGCUCCUCGGGGUCUCGCAGAACGUCUUCAGCUGCAGCUCCUUACUGGAUGCAUGCGCCAGUGGCUGCAGCGCGUGGCAAAACGCAGUGGAUGAACUGGGAUGGAUGCUCCGCGUUGGCAUCUGGGACUCCUUCGUGGCGGAUCUGCACGUGGCCAGCUGGAAAUGCUGCGACUGGACGUGGGCCUUGGAGGCCAUGGCGAUGAAUGCGCUUCAUUUUCCUGUGACACCGGGCAGCCACGCUGUGGCUGUGACGCUCACAGCCUUGGAGAAGGCGGUGCAGUGGCUCCAGUCAAUGCAUCUCCUCGCCGCGACGAUGUCGACGACCGUUGUUAGCCUCAAUGCUGCCAUCAGCGCGGUGGAGAAGGUGGGCUAUUGGCGCCGAGCUUUACCGAUGCUCACGCAAAUGCUGCAGAUGACCCUCAAGCCCGACAGCAUCAGCUGCAGUGCUGCGGUUUCUGCUUGUGAACAGCAAGGCCAAUGGCGACGAGCAACACACCUGCUGCAGUCCGGCGAGGCGUCUCUGGUGAGUGGUGCAGGCGCCAUCAGCGCCAUUGAAAAGGCUUUGAGGUGGUCCAGCAGUGUGGCGUUGCUGGCAGGGCUGGCCGCGGACCGCGUUGGCGUCGACAAGGUCUGCGUCAACGCCGCGCUGCGCUGCUUGGAGCGCCAGGGCCGCUGGCGAAAGAUGCUGCAGCUGAUGAAAGCCAUGACGGAGGCACGCCUUGCUCCUGACAUCUUGGGGUUGAACAGCGCCUGCCUGGCCUGCGAAGCGAGCGCUGACUGCGCCACGACCUUGCGCUUGCUGCAGGAAACCGAGAGCUGCGCGAUGGCUGCCAUUUGGGAACAUCCUGCAGCGCGGAAAAAGCAGCGGCUACAGCAUUUUUGCUGGAUGAGCAGUGGUGGCUAA